AUGAAUAACGAAUAUGGUUCAACAGGAAUAUUGGAUCAACUUAAAUCUGGUUCAUUUAUGACUAAACAAAAAUUUAAUGGUAAAAAAUUUCCUCGUCGAUUUUUUCUUCAUGAACGUGAAGGUUUUAUAACCUAUGAAAAAUCUCGUAAAAUGUUUGGUAAACCAAGAAUAUAUAAUGUAAAAGAUAUUGAUGAAAUUCGUUCAGGAAUUCAUUCGCCAGGAUUUGAGAAACUUGUUAAACGUGGUAUUAUCAAAAAUAAGGAUGAUGAACGAGUUUUUUCAAUAAUGUAUGAUAAUUAUCGAAAGCAAGAACAUUUAAUUGCAUCGGAUAUAGAUACAAGGCAAUUAUGGAUAGAAGGUUUACAACAAUUAAUAAAACGACAUGGUCAACAAACUCAAUAUCAUUUAAUUCAAGAAGAAAAAUGGAUUUUAGAUUUUUUUCAUCUAGCUGAUAAAAAUCGUUCAAAUACAUUAACAAAAAAAGAAUGUCGAGAUUUACUUACAAAUGCAUUUCAAGUUGAAUUACCUAAUCAUAUUUUUGAACAAAUGUUUAAACAAGCAGAUAAAUCAAAUGAAGGUGUUUUAAGUUCUGAUGAAUUUAUUACAUUUUUUCAUAUAUUAACACGUCGAAAAGAUCUUUAUGAAAUUAUGAAAAAACAUACAAAAGUUGCCUAUAUACAACCAAUGGAAAAAGUUUAUAUGGACAAAAAUGAUUUAUACACAUUUCUUCGACAAUGUCAAAAUAAAAAUAUGAAUUUACUUCAAUUAGAACAAGUACAAGAUAUAAUCAACGAAUAUGAAAAGAAUACUGAAUUACGUGAUAAAGGUCUUUUAAGUCUUGAUGAAGAUUUCGAUAUUAUUGGAUCAUAUCAUUCACGUCAGAUAUAUCAAGAUAUGACAAGACCGUUAUGUGAUUAUUAUAUUAAUACAUCUCAUAAUACUUAUUUAUUCUAUAGUCAAGUAUCUGGUCGUAGUAAUCCAGAAGCUUAUAAUCGAGUAUUACUUAUGGGUUGUCGAGCUGUUGAACUUGAUUGUUAUGAUGGUGAUAAUGGUCGACCAAUAGUUACUCAUGCUCAUACAUUUGUAAAACCAUGUUCAUUUGAAUCAAUUAUUCGCUCUAUAGAACCAAAUCUUUUCAAAGCAUCACCGUACCCAGUUAUAUUAAAUAUUGAAAAUCAUUGUUCAUUAGAACAACAAAAACAAAUGGCACGAAUUUUAAUAGAUAUUCUUGGCGAUCGACUAAUUACAAAACCAUUACCAAAUAAAGAUCCAUCAAUUUUACCAUCACCAGAAGAUUUAAAACAUAGAGUUCUUAUUCGUAGUAAAAAAAUAUCAACAGCACAUGACGAAGCAGAUGAUAAUGAUACAAUUCUAAAUCCAUUAAGCAAGGAUAUACAACCAGAACUAGCUGCACUUUUUAUCUAUUUACAAAAUGUACCUUUUCGUGAUAGUGUUUAUUCAAAAGUUCAUUAUUCACCAUUUCAUUCAUCAUCUUUGGCAGAAAAUACUUUCUAUAAACUUGCACAAUCCGAACCACUUAAUUUAGUUGAACAAACAACACGGCGUCUUCUACGUUUAUAUCCUGGUGGUAUAAGACAAGAUUCAAGUAAUCCAGAUCCUAUAGAACCUUGGAAUUUUGGUAUACAAAUGGUUGCUUUAAACUAUCAUACCGAAGAUGAUGCGAUAGCAUUAUGUCAUGGUAAAUUUCUUGAUAAUGGUGGUUGUGGUUAUGUACUUAAACCAAAUUAUUUAAUUAAUGCUAAACAUACAUAUUUUAAUCCAUUAAGUUAUGAUACAAAUCUUGAUUCUCCUCAAAUUUUAACAAUAAAAAUUAUUAGUGGACAAUUUUUACCUCGAUCAAAUGUAAAAACAUCAGAUAUACCUGAUCCAUAUGUUAGAAUAUCAACACAUGGUUUACAUUGCGACGACUACGCACGAAAAACAAAAGUUAUUGAUAAUAAUGGAUUUGAUCCAAAUUGGAAUGAAACAUUUCAAUUUCAUAUAAAAUAUCCUCAAAUGUGUCUUAUAAAUAUAUCUGUUAUGGAUUAUGAUGUAUUAACACAAAACGAUAGAAUUGCUUAUUUUUGUUCACCAUUAACAAUGAUACAAACAGGAUACCGUCAUAUUCAUCUACGAGCUAAUAACAACGAUCAAACUUAUUCCACUCUAUUUGUACAUAUUAAUAUUCAACAUGAAAAUGAUGAUAACGAUCAAACUAUUAUAAGUACACGAUUUUAA